UAACGUCUAUAAAAGCAGCAGAGACGGUGAAAGUCAGACACUGAAACUGAUCUUAUGGCAGGAUGUUGUUGCAGCCUCUCUGGACAUUCACGCUGGGACACUCGUCCCUCCUGCGCUCACCCCUGUUCCCCGUCCUCUUCUCGAUCGGCGUCUACCUGGCCUGCUGCCUGCCCUUCCUGCUGCUGGACGCGCUGUCCCGCAGGUGGGCCCUGGUGCGCAGGUACAAGCUGCAGCCUCAGAGCUCCGUCAGCUGGGCCUCGGUGCGGAGCUGCUUGGCUCUGACGCUCUACAACCACCUGGUCUUCAUCUUCCCGCUGACCGUGAUGCACUGGUACCUGAGGCCCGUCCACCUGCCCGAGGAGGCCCCGCCCCUGCCUCACCUGCUGGCCCAGGUGCUGGUCUGCCUGCUGCUCUUCGACUUCCAGAGCUUUGUCUGGCACCUGCUGCACCACAGAGUGCCCUGGCUCUACCGCACCUUCCACAAGGUGCACCACACCUACACCUCCACCUCCGCCCUCACCACCGAGUACUCGGGGGCCUGGGAGACUCUCAGCCUGGGCUUCUUCGCCGCCAUUAACCCCUUCCUCCUGGGCUGCCACCCGCUGACCGAGCUGGCCUUCUUCAUCCUCAACAUCUGGCUGUCGGUGGAGGAUCACUGCGGCUACGACCUGCCCUGCUCCACUCACCGCCUGGUGCCGCUCGGGCUGUACGGAGGAUCCCGACACCACGACCUGCACCACCUCAAGUCCAAGUGCAACUACGCCCCCUACUUCACCCACUGGGACCGACUGGCUGGGACACUGAGCACUCAAGACUGAACUGAUGGAGGACUUAAUAAGCCGAUGGAGGAGUUAAUAAACUGAUGGAGGAGUUAAUAAACCGAUGGAGGACUUAAUAAGCUGAUGGAGGAGUUAAUAAACUGAUGGAGGAGUUAAUAAGCUGAUGGAGGGUUUGGGGGGUUGGGGGGGGUUUGGGGGGUUCAGUAGGAGUUUUGUGAACUGAUGUAAAAGUUCAUGAAUCUUCCCCUCAGAUCAUCUUUCACAUUAAAAUAGACACAAAGAGUCAGACACUUUCUGGAUGUCUGUAUAUUAGAAACUAUUUAUUUAUUUAUUCACAUAUUUAUUUAUUAACUCUUCAUGAUAUUAUUAUUAAUCUGUGAAGCCUGUUUGACUUUAAUCACUGCAGAAAGAACACAAGUGAAGAAGAUUUAGUCUGAACGUCGUCUGAACGCUUCCAGAAGAAGAAAAUCAGAUUUCAGGACUGAACUUGUUAACUUGACAUGUUUUGUUGAGUCAUUCUGCAGUUUGCUGUAUAUUAUAUUAAUAUUUAACAAAUCAGAACAAAGUGUUCAUAUUGAACAUUAUGGUUUUUAUUGUCAUAUUACUGUAAUAUUGAUGUUUGGAACGAGACUGCUGGUUGACACACUGGAUGUUUUAAAGAUGGAUGACAGGAAGUGGAAGGACUGAGGAGGAGGAGUGUGAGGUGGGAACAUGAUGAAGGUUUCUGUUGGAAACUUGGACUGAAUGAAAUGAAAUGAAAUGUGAAAACAUGAUUUCUGUGAAGUGUUUAAUAAACUGUAAAGAAUAAACUUUAUGAACAAAAAGAGAAUCAGAGUCCGAGAAUUUCUGCCGUCCAAUAAACAAUCAGGUCAAUAAACAGGCCGCAGCAAAUCAAUAGAUCAUAAACAUAUCAACAAACAAACAAACAAAUAGUUCACUAUUUAGUAGUAGUUCAGGCCGUUUCCAGGCUGUUUUCAGG